AUGGCUGAUCAAAACAACAAGUCUUGUUCAGAAAUCAAAGAUUUACAAAUCGUAGUCGCGGAAAAAGAAAAAGAAGACGGUGGAGCCAAAAAACAACCACAAUUAUCAGUCAAACGAAGCUCCAACAAAGACCGGCACACCAAAGUUGAAGGUCGUGGUCGUCGGAUAAGGAUGCCUGCACUUUGUGCGGCGAGGAUUUUUCAACUCACAAGAGAAUUAGGUCACAAAUCUGAUGGAGAAACCAUUCAGUGGUUGUUACAGCAGGCGGAGCCGUCGAUCAUCGCCGCCACCGGUACCGGAACCAUCCCUGCUUCCGCGAUGGGAGCAGCAGGUGCAGCUUCACUCGGAGCUUCCAUUUCAGUCGGAUUGCAACACAAAAUUGAUGAAAAUAGUAGGACCAAUUGGCCAUUAGUUGGUGGGAAUUUGGGGGUAGGUAGACCCACAAACCACAUGGCUACAUCUCCGGCUCUAUGGCCCGCCAUACCCACAUCCGGAUUUGGGUUUCAUUCUUCUUCAUCGUCAUCUGGUCCAUCUGCUAACAAUCUCGGCAACGAAAGCUCCAAUUAUUUACAAAAAAUUGCAUUUUCAGGGUUUGACUUGCCCACUUCCAAUUUGGGUCCGAUGAGUUUUUCUUCGAUUUUAGGCAAUCAUCAUCAUCAACCGCAGCUUCCGGGGUUAGAACUCGGCCUCUCGCAAGAUGCUCAUAUUGGGGUUCUAAAUCAACAAGCUUUGAACCAGAUUUACCAUAUGAGUCAAGCUAGAAUGCACCAGCAGCAGCACCACCACCAACAACAACAGUCUUCAAAGGACGAUAAUUCUCAAGGUUCAGAGGGUCAGUAG